CACACUUAACCGGUUUUGUUUUAACUACAUCUAAGGCCAUCUCCACACGGGCUUUCAACCCUAAUAAAAUCACCCUUAGCGAACAUCGCGCAUGCGUCAACCAAAUCAAUAUCUCCCAUUGGCUACCUCAACUCGUAUCCAAAAUGGACGCUAAAAUGUAUUUCAUCCUAUUUUUCUGUUUCUUAAACGUAAAAGCCAAUUUAGAAGGUCCUUUCUUGUUCUUCGGGCCUCAAUCUUUGGACAAAUACAAACGACCAGCGUUGAAGUCUUUGGAUCAAGAUGACCUGAUGAAGGUCUACGGUGAACAGGCUGCUAUUGUGGUUUUCAAUAACCAGGAUUCAGUGCCCCUCUCCAGCGGGUAUUUCCCAAGGUUGAGGAAGAUGCUGGAAGGUCAGACUAUGCUGGUCCUGCCGCAGGACUUCUUGGACGUUCAUCCUGAUUACGUCAGUAAUGAGACUCAGGUAUUAGCCCUCCAGGGGCCGUGGUCGGAGCGAGACGCACAGAUGACGGAAACCUUCGCCCGUCUCCAAGAUAUCUAUGGGCCUGGACGUGUGCUGGGGAUUUUGGGUAACUCUGUAUCGCACAGCCAGUCUUACGAAGAACCUUGGUCGCGGGUGAAGCGUCAAGACGCUGAGAGCUCCAGCCCUUCGCCAACUACAGAAGAAGACAGGCCCACCAAGGCUCUGUCACCUUUCGCACUUUAUAACGCCACUGGUCAGCCUGGCAAAAACGCACUGCUCUAUUCCUCCUCGUGGCCCGAGCUGCGCUGGAAGAACGGCACCACCAUGGUCUUCGACACGCCCGUCGGGGUCGCCACUGUCAAGCCCACCAGACUGUACACCAACCUCGUCGUCAGGUUCGCUGAUGGGGACUCCAGGGACAAGGUGACCCUGGAGUUCAGCUUCAAAGAAGCAGGCGGGUGGUGGACGGCGGUGGGCGUGGACGUGAAGUUUGGCCUGGAGAGCGCCGGGAUCAGUCUCAAGGCACCAGCGCCCCCCGACGCCCCCACUGCGGUGCUGGGGAGGUCGUACCAUUGCUCCGUCGUGGUGUAUACUUCUGAUGAGGCCACGCUUACGCUGCCUGAUGUUCAAAUGCAGCCAUACAUGGACAGCACCCACCAAUUUGACGAUGCGUUUGACUGCGUGGGAUUCACUACAGUACCGAUUUGGUCAGGCUUAAUGGUCUCGUUCAUCAUGCUCAUCGGCUUGGGCAUCUCCGUCUCCAUGAUCAUGGACAUCAAGACCAUGGACCGCUUCGAGAACAGCCGCAGCAAACAGUUGACUAUCACCGUCAAUGAGUGAACCGACAUUUAUUAAAUUGUUGUUUUUGUCAUCGACGUGAAGUGGAUGGAGGGAUGCCAUACAGAAAGCUGAACUAAUUAUAAUAUAGAAGUAAAGUCCCCCUAUUUUCUCUGUCUGUAUGUAUGCGCUAAUCUCGGAAAGUUGUGGCCGAAUUUUGUUCCUGUUUGCAAUGUUGGAAAGAAAGUUUUACGAGGACUGUUUAUAAAUGCAAAUGCUAAAUUAUUUGAUGAUUCAGAUAGUAGACAUUGGAAAUCAUUAUAAGGUUAUGGGUCGUAACGUAUGUACCUUUAUUACGGCAUUUAAAAUCGUGUUACGAUG